UUCAGAGCGUUAUGGAUGAAACCAGUGACAAAGCACACAUAUCGCGCUCGCCACCAACGAUUAGAGCCAAGAAAGUCAAACUUAUGCGAUCGCUGAGCUCCGGAGAUAACGUGCCAAAUCGAUGCCAACCGGACUCCGUUGCCGACAACUUCACACCACUGCUGCCCGCGUGCUUGAACGUCGAACCAACCUCUACGACUACUUCGGAGCCUAAUGACCCUCUAAAUGCCAUAAAUGAUCAAACUAAUUACGGCGCUACUUUCACAACUACAGCUGAGGUUGAAGCUAACUGUGAAAGUCCUUCAAAAAGUGUACCGAAAGUCGGUAUCACAGAUGCGACAACUGACUUUUCAACGACCGAUGAAAGACCGGGAACUUCAUCCGGAGAUACGGGGGCGCACUCUUUCAAGACGUUCUCGGCUUCAUGGUUCCAUUUUCCCUCGAGGUCCUCGGCUGCUCAAGGCUCGUCAAGUCACAGGCGGGCUCAGAGUAUCGGGACUGAUUUGAAGUAUGAUAAUUCCACGGAUAAUAUCAACUCGGGCUGGAAGUGUUUCCCCGAGAUCCGUCACAUGUCUCUCCCGGAUGGGAUGACGACAAUGGAGGAGAGCAAGGAGCGCAUGAUGCAGACUGCGGAGGCGAUGAAGCUGAGAAUGAUACAGGCGGGCAGAGACGUCUCCAACAAGUACAAGGAAUGGAAGUUGUUAGCGUACCAGCACCUUCCAGACUGGCUGAGGGACAAUGACUUCCUCCACAAGGGCCACAGACCCCCCAUUCCGAGUGUGUGCACGUGCUUCAAGAGUGUGUUUAAAGUGCACACAGAGACUGGAAACAUAUGGACACAUCUCAUUGGCAGCAUAAUGGUGGUGAUGCUGUCCGUGUACUUCCUGGUGCGAGAGUUCACUAGGAGCCACUACAUGUGGACAGACAUUGCAGUGAUGCUGACCUUCUUCACCUGUGCUCUCCUCUGUCUAACUUUCUCAUGGCUGUUCCACACUCUACACUGUCACUCCAACGAGUACAGACUACUCUUCAGCAAGCUGGAUUACGUGGGAAUAGCUGUGUUGAUUGUGGGCUCUUUUGUGCCGUGGCUCUACUACGGCUUCUACUGCAAUGACAUUCCCCGGUUGGUGUACAUCAGCAGCAUCAACAUCCUCGGCAUCAUCUGCAUCAUCAUCUCCCUCUGGGACAGAUUCGCAGCACCCAAAUUCAGACCACUCAGAGCAGGCUUGUACCUCUUCCUGGGUCUGAGUGCUCUGGUUCCGGCCGUCCAUUUCAUCGCCAUGUAUGGAGUGGAGAGGAGCUUCUACGAGGCCUCCUUCGGCUGGAUCAUCCUCAUGGCCGUGCUCUACAUCACUGGUGCAUGUCUAUACGCUCUCAGAAUUCCAGAACGAUUCUUUCCCGGAAAGUUUGAUCUGUGGGGUCACAGUCAUCAGAUUUUCCACGUGUUUGUGGUGGUCGCAAUAUUUGUACAUUACUACGGUGUGGACCAAGUGGCCCAAUACAGAGUGCUUAACAAGAAGUGUGACUUUGCCGGCAGCUUCUACCCCAACCAGAAGGGCACGGUUGAAUGACAAAUGUUGUCCACAGGCGAAGCACUCCAGCCGCCGUCUGAUAAUACUAGCAUCGGAUGGGCAACAAUCAAUUUUCAACUGAUAGCAUAGCGGACCUUCCUGGUCUUCACGAAUCUCAGACAGCCGAUGAGUAACUUCAAACACAGAAUGAACCACCCUCAAUAUAAACUGUGCAUUCAAACCCUCACUUGGCCUCACUCGUGCAGCAGCUUAAUAAUGCAGAAAACCACCUGCAGAUGAGAACUAAAUUUGAAUCUUAAUCUUUUGUUGUCCAUCAUAGAUUACAAUUAAAUGCAGGUCUAUUAUCUAGUUUUGUUUUACUUUUAACUGCCCCUUUGCCUAUCCGUUCCUAAUUAGUCUGUUAGUUGAACUGUUAUUUGGAAUACACGAUUAAUGAAUAAUCACUGUGGUGCAAAUUGUUGUUUAAUUGUCGUUUCAAAUCCUUGGACCAGGUUUUAAAUGAAUCAAUCCUUUUCUUGUAGAUAUAGAAGACUUGCAUAUAUAAAUUAUAAGCAUAAAUUUAUAUCUUAAGCAACAA